CCAAGUUUCGGCGGCGGCCGCGGCCCGGCCCGCGAGCGGCAUGAGCCUCGCGCGGGGCAGAGCGCGCCCCGCACGCCAUGGCCCAGGAGCGGCCGCGCUGGCGGCGCUUGGCCUUCCGCCUCUGCCUGCUCUCGGCCGCGCUCCUCCUCUGCCUGCAGCUGCUCGCCAGGCGAUCCUGGUGUCCGGAGGAGAAGCGGCCGGUGGCAGAGGCGGCGGCGGGGCGAGCGGCCCCGCUGUCCCGCGGCACGGAGCGGCAGCCGGCGGCGGGCAGGCGGCGAGUCACCUACGUGCGCAACGGGCGGCGAGGCAGCGCCGCGCCCCGCUGCUGCCCCCCGCAGCUCCCGGGCGACCGCCGCAAGAAGACUGCGAGGUGGCACAUUGACCUGCAACCGUGGGCAAGUCCAACUCCUUCCCUCAACUACGAGGCCUUGAGGUUCCUGAAGUACAUCAGCACUUCCCAGAUUUCAUGUGAACACAUGAACCUGAGCAGCCUGGGAGGGUACUCGGAGACCACAAAGAGGCCCUGGUCGAUCUGUCUUGACGAGAGGUUCAGCCUGGUUCAUCGGCUCAGAAGCAAGCAGUGUCGUCUCUAUUCCCUGGGGCUUGGCAACGAGGACCACCAGUUUGAGCUCAGCAUGGCCAACAGUGGGUGUGAGGUGCACCGAUUUGACCCCAGCAUCAAGGCAGCACACAUUCAGGAGGGUCAGCACCUCUGGUACCAUCGCCUGUCCAUUGACUGGAGGGAUCCCAAUCCAGCCAUUGCUGCUCACAAGCUUCACAGCAACACGAAGAAGCUGGGAACGAUAUUGAAUGAAUUUGGUCAUCAGAAGAUCGAUGUCCUGAAGGCAGACGUGGAGAGUGCUGAGUGGAAGAUUUUGGAGAACCUGGUGCUGGAAGAUGUGGUGGAGCAGAUAGGGCAGCUGGUGUUCGAGGUGCACGUCCACUGGCCUGGCUUUGAGGUCAGCGGCAACGACAGCUCCGUGGUGCGCUACUGGUACAGCCUGCUCCGCGAGCUGGAGCUGAAGGACUUCAGGCUCUUCCAUACCUACAAGGACUUGUCAAAGCCACAGAUGUUCCUGAAGAAGGAAGCCUUCAACGCUAGUAGCUGUUACACACUGAGCUGGGUAAAUACAAGAUGGAAGUAGCAGAGAGGAAUUUAUGGUGUGUGACUGUGAGCCAUCUGGCCCCGCAGCGCUGCUCAAGAGGACUUUGGCAUCACUGGCUGGAGCUGCUCAGUCUGCACACAGAGGCUGCCAGCGAGGUGGGCUGGAGCUUGCUGCCAGUGCUGCCCAAAGAGCUGCCACUGGAGUUGCCCUGGUGCGAGCCUGUGCAGCAAUACGCUUGCCAGUGAGUCACUGUCUCCUAGAACAGGGGGUUCUGGGGAAGGUUGGCUGGGCUGGGGCUAACAGCAGGGCUUUAUUAGGCAUGCUGAGGUAGAGGCCACCCCCCUGGGAGGCUUUGCUCCCUCAGCUGCACCAGCCCUUGGGACAGGAAAGCAAUCACCAGGCAGUGCCUGUCCCAGCAAGGGUCACGUGUUGCUUCUCUAUAAAGUGGUCAUCUUUGUUUUGCA